UCCUUCUUUCCCUCUGUGUUUUUCUCCAGAGACCUCCAGUUUUUGAACACCACACUGUUCUUACCUUCUGGCCCUCAACCCAACGCACACAAAGAGAGAGAACCACAGAAGUUAUGUUUCCUCUCCGAGCAUCCCUCAUGGCCGUAUUGGUCAGCAUGGCCCUGUGCCAGUAUGAUGACUACGACUACCAGCCUCAGUCCAUGCUAGGACCCUCAGGGCCCAACUGUGAUCGAGAAUGCGAAUGCCCAAUCAACUUCCCCAGCGCCAUGUAUUGUGACAACCGCAAGCUCAAGUUUGUUCCCAUAGUCCCAACAGGGAUCAAGUACCUGUACCUCCAGAACAACGAGAUAGAAGAAAUCAAGGCAGGGGUGUUUGAUAAUGUUACUGAUGGACUUCGCUGGCUGGUACUUGACAACAACCUGAUUGCCAAUGCUAGGAUAGCAAAGGGCACAAUCGACAAGCUCACAGCCCUGGAGAAGCUCUUCUUCAGCAACAAUGAACUGACAGAGCCAGUCAUCCCCCCCUCAAAGUCCCUCGAUGAGCUGAAGAUGAUGCACAACAAGCUAUCCAAGUUCCCCUCUGGACUCUUGAGUGACAAGGAGAACCUGACUUCCAUUGACCUUCAACACAAUAAGCUAACUUCCGAUGCCAUCGGGGGGGCAUUCAAAGGGUCGAAGAAGCUGCUGUCCCUGGAUGUGAGCCACAACAAGCUGAAGAAGCUGCCAGCUGGAGUCCCUGGUUCACUGGAAAUCCUCUAUGCUGACAACAACGACAUUGACAGUGUCGGUGCAGGAUACCUGAGCAAGCUGCCCUCGCUGCGGUACCUGAGGAUCUCCCACAACAAGCUGGUGGACUCGGGGAUCCCUGCUGGAGUGUUUAAUGUGACAUCAUUGCUGGAGCUGGACCUGUCCUUCAACAGACUGCAGUCCAUCCCCGAGAUCAACGAGCAGCUGGAGCAACUCUAUCUCCAGGCCAACGAGAUCAACAAGUUUGACCUGGCCAGUUUCUGCAAGCUCGUCACACCCACCAACUUUUCUCACCUGAAGCAUCUGCGUCUGGACGCCAACCAAAUCGCACACAGCAACAUGCCCCCUGACUACUCCACCUGCCUGCGCCAAGCUUCAGAUAUCAUGUUUGAGUAAGGACCUCCCUCAAAUCAAAAACCUUGCCAUGACCCCCUUCUCCACUACCACGAAAAAGCUCAACCCAAUGCCUUCUGGGUUUGAAUGGUGUAAUAUCCCUCCUGUCAUGGGUACUCACUAUGUACUUAUAUGUCCUUGCAUAUAAGUAUUGUGCAAAUCUGAGUUACUGUUAUGACAUCUUCAUCAAUUAAAUAUAGAUCUUGAAUGAAUCAGGAGCUGGGCAAAUUUGAUAUACAUUAGAUGAAAAGACAAGCUACAACUUAUCUUGCCCAACAUGCAAUCAGAUGUUAAAUGAAUCAGGCGUCAAACAAGUGUUUUUAAAUAUUUGGCUCUAAAUACGAAUGAAUAUUCUCAUUGUUCAAAUAAACAUGAAGGCGAAAAAAGAGAGGGAAGAAAUGUAUAAAAUAUGAAGACCAAAAUAUCUGUGAAUAAAAACGUAUUCACAUGAUUUGAUAGAAAACACACACUUUAAACAUUCCAAACUUGUAUUUGAUGAUACUGAAGAAAGACAAUGGAGUAAACAAAGCCUCCAGUGUCUCAAUUCAGCUGUCAAGCGUCAUUUUGUUGUCUGUCUUGUAUGUUCCAAUGUUUUGCAUGUAUAAUAAAAGGUGGGUUCAAUAGCUAAUCCAUUGCUGUGCAAAGGACCAGCAAAUAAGGACUGCAUACUCAGAUUUCAGUUUAUAAUGUCUAAUGUAAGAAAUUAUGAACAAAUGUAAAAUAGCAGUUACAUAGAAGUCACAUUCUUCAACAUCCUGAAUGAAUCAAAGUGGUUUUAAGAAAAAUACCAAUGUUAUUUACUUGUAUUAUGCCUUCUAAACAUAAACCCAACUGAGAAAUGUCCUUUUUAACUGGAAAUAACUCCUUUAAUUAUAAUUUUACAUCAAUCUAAACUGUUUCUGAUGUACUUGGUGUUAAAGAGUUGAAUAAAUGGCACUGAUUAAAAGACAUUGGUAGUGACCUUGAAACAACUUUUUUUCUGCUCAGCUAGACCUUGAGAUGAUGGAUAUUCUUUCCAAGAAAUCACGUGAAAUGGAUUGUUUACCUUACCUAAAUCCUAGCUAUCAACAUAAAUGUGCAUCACUGAUUUGUAUUCAUUUGCAUUAUUUGCAUGCAAGCAAUGGUACCAUUCUUUCAUAAUAAACUACAGCUUUUGCAGUUGAGGUGCUGUCAUUGUUACGUUGUUGUUCACUAUGUUUGAUAUAUGCUUCUUGCCAGUACAAAGUCAACUUGGCAUCAGUGUCAUGUUGAUUUAAGUAAUGUUACUAGAAUAUCACAUUUUGUUUAGGUCAAUUUUCAUUUUAUCGUGAUUUCUUUUUGUGGCCUUUGACUCAGUAACUGCUCUUGGAUUUGCUGUGAGGAAACCAAAAACAGUUGAAUAAACUAUGUUUCCAACA